AUGGCCGGAAGUGCUGGAACUCGAAUCAUCUGGAAGCAAUUAAAGAAAUUCAAUAUCUUGAAAGAUGUUAAAGAGAUUAUUAAAGACAGAGAUAACAAAAGUGUCUCUGUCUUUAAAGAAUUUGGCGUCUCUCAUCUUGAAAGAUUCGAUCCAGGUCAUGUAUCAAAAAUAUCACAAAAGAUUUUACAAAGUUCUCAGCUUCUGACAAGUCAGUUAAAGUUUUCAGCGACGAGACUCACAAAUACAAAUGCUUUGAAUGGCAAAAAUGUGUCAACUCGAUCCAACUUCAAUUCAUGCUCUAUGAUUGGGUUCACAAAUGGAAACCCAUAG